CGCGCCGCGGCUGCUGGUCCCGGGCGCGCGGAGGGCGCGAGCGGCGCGCGGGGGCCGCGGGGGCCGAGGGGGCACGAGGCAGCGGCGCGGGGACUCCGGGCCCCGGCGGCGGCCCAUGGGGCGGGAGGCGUGAGGCCGCUGCCUGUCCGGGGCUCGGGGGGUGGGGGGAGCGGGGCGGGGAGAUGGAUAAACUGACCAUCAUCUCAGGAUGUCUCUUUCUGGCCGCCGAUAUCUUCGCCAUCGCCAGCAUCGCCAACCCGGACUGGAUCAACACCGGGGAGUCUGCGGGAGCACUCACUGUGGGCCUCGUGCGACAGUGUCAAACAAUCCAUGGACGAGACCGGACGUGCAUCCCUCCCCGGCUUCCCCCGGAGUGGGUCACCACACUGUUUUUUAUCAUCAUGGGAAUCAUUUCAUUGACUGUCACAUGUGGUUUGCUGGUGGCUUCCCACUGGCGAAGAGAAGCUACAAAAUAUGCUCGAUGGAUAGCAUUCACUGGAAUGAUCCUUUUCUGUAUGGCUGCCCUAAUAUUUCCAAUAGGAUUUUACAUCAAUGAAGUCGGAGGUCAACCUUAUAAAUUACCCAACAACACAGUAGUUGGGUCAUCAUAUGUACUUUUUGUCUUAUCAAUUUUCUUUACAAUAGUAGGACUUCUAUUUGCUGGCAAAGUUUGUUUACCAGGCUGAUGAAUGUCUAAAUUGCUUGACUCUUAUUAUUUUUUAUUUUAUUUUAUUUUUUUAUUUUUGGAGGGUGGAGAGGACAAAGGCGAGGCAUCUGAGCAGACCUCUCAUGGGAAGAUGCUCAGAUGAAACUGAUGCUGAGAAGGAAAAAAAAAAUGCUUUGAUUUGUUCUCACUAUGCACUUUGGAUUUAAAAAAAAAAAAAAGAAAAAAGGAGAGCCUUUUCCAUAACCAAAUACAGACAAUAUUGACUAAAUCUCCUGAGCAUAUUCAGGCAGUCAGGUCUGCACUGUGAUAGCAACCUAGAGAAGGAGAAUGCUUUAUACCGAAAAGCAUGUGGCCCUUUGUGACUCUGUUGUUCCGUUUUUAAUGUCUAAUGAUUCAUUAGAGGAAAAAAAAAAAGUCUAAGUAUUUAUGUGUCAUGGUAGACCAGAGGGAUGCAAGAGAAGUUCAUGUGGGGCUGGCCUCACCUCCUAAGAAAUUAGUGUUCACAACUUCCUUGUAAUAGUAUGAGCCUUUGGCACCAGAAUGGAUUGCCGUUGCAUUACUGCACCAAGAAGCCAAUAGAUCAAAACUUGUUUGCUAAAAUGUAUGUAAAAAUUCUGAAAUUCCCUCUCUCUGUGUACAAAAAAAAAAAAAAAUCAAACACUAAGACACAUGUUUUGGGUGGGUGGGUGGGGGAAAUCUUCCUUAUAUUUAUAUAAAUAUAUAUAAUAUAUAUAUUUUGCUGAUGCAGUAUACAAUGUGUAUAUAUGUGUGUGUGUGUGUAUGUGUGUGUAAAUUUAUAUACACACACAUGCAAACAGUUCCUGGAAGAGAAUUCUGAAUGCUUUGCUAGCAAAACACUGUGGUAUGCAAACCUAGAACCCAAUAGAAAAAAAAGCCAUUUAUCUGAAGGCUGCAUAGUGGAGAGAGUCUUCAGUUUACCUCAUUCUUUGUAGCAGCCCUUGAUUUUAACAGGUUUUUGUAAUAGGUACAGAUAAUCCCAUACCUUUCUAGGUGCGAUUUUAAGUUAAGCUAAAAAUUAUUUGUAGGGUUAAUUUAUUUGUAUAUGAUAGUAGAAGGUAAGAUCAUGUCAAACCUUAUAAUUUGGGGAAUCUGACACUAUUUAAAUUAUUGGCAACUGUUGUCUAUUGUACAGAGAUUCUUUUUCUACUGGCUUAGUCUGUUACAUUAAUAAUGCAUUUUAUAUGUUCAGGCACACUUUACAUAAAUACAAAGUUCGCUAGUAAAUAUCUGGCUAUUUUGGCUAUUUACAACACUAAUUUCAUUAUUUUUAUCUGUAAGCAUUAUUAAUACAUCUUUACCAAAACCUGAGCAAUACAAUAUUUUCUUUAUGUGUUAUAUGCCUUUGUUUGCUAAAAGCUAAUAUUUUUGCAUUUACUUUAAAGGGCUGUACUAAACCCACAGCUUUAAGUUCUUCCCUAAAAGAAGCAUUGCAGCUAACCCUUGAACUCACAGUUUUAAAAUACAGUAUUUCUCUUCUCCACAUCUCCAUGCCUUCGCAUCAAUGCUUGUUUUUCCUGGUGAACACUAUAGAUAAUCUCCUGUUUGAAAUGUGGGACAGGGUGUUUCAUGGCAGUGGAGCUAAGUUUCUCCUCUUUAUAGUGAACUGGUGACCCAAAUGUCCCUGUCAUUUAUAGUGAACUGAUGACCCAAAUGACUCCGUGUCAGUAGAGUCCCAUGUGGCCCAUGCUUCACACAAGCAGAAAUGAAUGCACUGUUUUUAAGGCUAGAUUAUCAGUUCUAGAAUGAUUACUUCAAAGAUGGGAGCUACCUCCUCAGAUAUUCACACUAUGAAAUGGAGGUGCUUGAUGUGUUUAACACUGGCUUGUUUGACAGUUUUCUAUCUUACUGUUAAUUCAGCAGUAUUUUAUUGUGAAAGAAAACCCCAGUGUUUGAGCUCACUCAGGAAUUGGGGAGAGAGAUGGACCACCACUGUGGUGCAUUUCUUAAGUGUUCUGGGAGAAUGUCAUACUUUUCCUUCCCAGAGUAAAAGAAACCUUUGGGAGAUCCUGAGGGAGACUGUUUCUCCCCAAGUAUGAUGAUGUCUAGUCAAGUCUAAGAAUACCACUGGACAUGUUCUAUGGACAUUUGGGAUUGCAGUUGCUAUUCUGAUUUGAUUGGUCCUCAGUCAAAUGGAUCACUUUGAAGGAAAGCUUUGGUUGUCACCGUUAUAUACCACUGAGAUAAAGUGUUAGCAAAGUAUGGUUCAAAUUAACUUAUGACAUGACCAAGAGCUUUUCUCUUCCAAAAGAUGAAUUGUAUUGUAAAUAGUUUCUCAAAAUAUUUUUAACUGGAUCAUGAGCAUGGGGAGAGAAAGUUUCUCAGCUGCUAAGAAUUUCCCCACUGUUUACUUCUUUCACUUAUGGUGGUAUUGCAUUUAAGAUUACAAAAUUUAAGGUUUUAUUUGUAUCUAUUACCCAAACCAUUAAAUUGUCUUUAAUUUCAUUGUUGUCUUGGAGGUCCAGUGCAUACAGGGCUGAUGGGGGAAAACUCCCUCUAGCCAGUCAGCACUCUAACCCAGGAUUAAACCAUCCCAUCAAGUAGUAUGUGAAGUCAAGUCUUCGUACUCUUGCAGACCAGACAUUGAAAUGGAUUCAUUCAUAUAGAUUUCUAUAAAUCCUAUAAGUGAAAAGAUAGACAACUGUCAGCAGUUGCUUUUUAAAAAGGUCACUAUAAUAAGUACUAUAUAGUACAGUAUUAAUUUAUAGCAGGAAAUCGUAUGUUGUAAACUGUAUAUAAAACACUGUUUUAUGGUGCAAUCAUUUGUCAAACUUUUGUCUGUUUCAUUGUUUUUAGAGUGUGUGCAUUCUUCUCAUACCUAAGAAUAUCACUGUAAAAUCUGCUGAAAACUAUUUUUAGGUUUUAUUUGCACAAGACUGAAUUAGUUUGAAAUUUUUGGAAGCUCCUAUUGAACAUGCCCAAACAUCUGUAAACAUGAACAAUCUUCAAUUUAUUAAAAGCAAACAUUUCAGUAUGAUUCUUUCCAAAGGUAAUCCAUGUUCUAUGUUGUUAAUGUGUGUAUGUAAUUUUUCUGACUCUUCCACCUCUUAUAAACCUAUUUUCUGUUUCAUUUGUUUUGUUUUUGAAGGAUGGCUCUUUUUUCUUUUUAAUGUUCUAGAUGACCAAAACACUAUUGGUUUUUACCCUUUUGCCUAAAGCUUUGAUAUCCCCACUUGAUGUUCUGUGAAUUCACUGUUUAAUCUAUUAAGUGAAAUAAUAAAUAGUCCUGGUGACAAACAAUCUGUUGAUUUAGAGGAAAGGCCCUGAAAAAUACAGUAUUGGAAACUAACUUUGCAUAUGCUGUUAGCUAUUAUUUUGCAUCAUGGGCUUCAUGGGAAGAACAUGUUGCAUUUAUUUUGUCUUUAUUAAAAGACUACUAGCCACAAGUUACUUUGAUUAUAGUAACUGUUUUAUCAACCCACUUCAUCUUUAAAAAAUUAAAUUUACAUUCACAAUUCAAAACAGUAAACUGUCUUUCAGAAAAUUUUUGAAGGAUAAAAACAUGAAGGAAAAAAGUGGCCCGUGUAGGUAGGAUUCCCUACACAGGACUUUUAGUUGUAUCACCUCAAGAGAUUUUGAAGUUUGUGAUCAAGGUCUGUAUAUUAUCCCAAACUUUAUUAAGAAUUGUUUUCUAAUUGGUUAUAACAUUUUUCAAUUAAUAGUUUCAAAACAAAUUGUUAAUACAACUGUAUAAAAUGAACAUAAUUUUCCUCACUUGUAUUUUUGUUAUUGAGCAAGUUUAUCAAAAUAAAUUGUCUACUAAAGAAACUAAAAA